GUUUGAGGGCUGGUCUCUGCUCUACCACGUCUACAGAUCUGCGCCAAACGCCUGCUCCACAUCCCCCUUUUCCUUUCUCUACUCACCCAGGCGCAAAGAUCGGAGACAAGCAGGGCCUGUUUGAUUUUGCAAACCAGAACAGAAAGAUUUGCUUAUAAUGAUUCGGUUCAUGGUGAGGAUGAUUUUCCUUGCCUUUCUGGUUACUUUUGUGGCAUGUAAUGCUCCACCGGUCCCGUUAGACGACAUCAUCAUAGAAAAGACUUUCGUCCCCGAGCGUUGCGACCGAGAGGUGAAGUCUGGAGACUUCGUCCGGUAUCAUUACCACGGCAUGUUUCCGGACGGCAAGAAAUUUGACUCCAGUUAUGAUCGUGGCAGCACUUACAACGUGUUUGUUGGCCGGAAACAGCUGAUUGCCGGGAUGGACAAAGCAUUACUGGGCAUGUGCGUAAACGAGAGACGUCUUGUUAAAAUCCCUCCACAGCUUGCCUAUGGGAAGGACGGAUAUGGUGACAUCAUCCCCGCUGAUUCAAUCCUGCACUUUGAUGUGCUUUUGCUUGAUAUCUGGAACACAGAAGACAAGGUGCAGGUUAAAACUUACUACAUGCCAGAGAAGUGUGGCCGAACCGUGCAGGUCUCUGACUAUGUACGCUACCACUACAAUGGCACUCUGCUUGACGGCACACUCUUCGACUCUAGUCACACACGCAUGAGGACGUAUGACACAUAUGUGGGGAUUGGCUGGCUGAUUGCUGGCAUGGAUCAAGGUCUUUUGGGAAUGUGCGUGGGAGAGAAACGCAUAAUCACUAUGCCACCGUCACUUGGCUAUGGAGAACACGGAGAUGGUAGUGACAUCCCUGGCCAGGCUUCUCUAGUAUUUGAUGUUGUUCUGUUGGAUCUUCAUAACCCUAAAGAUGAGAUUACAGUGGAAAUUGAAAGUGUACCAGAUUCCUGCCAACGCAAGAGUAAGGAGGGAGAUUUCAUGCGCUACCACUAUAACGGGACCCUGCUGGAUGGAACCCAUUUUGACUCCAGCUAUUCAAGGAAUCACACAUAUGAUACAUACAUUGGGAAAGGCUAUGUGAUUGCUGGGAUGGACCAGGGCCUUUUGGGUGUGUGUGUCGGAGAGCGCAGAAGAAUUAUUAUCCCACCACAUCUGGCUUAUGGAGAAGAAGGAACAGGCACUAAGAUUCCUGGGUCUGCUGUGCUGGUGUUUGACGUCCACAUUAUUGACUUCCACAACCCCUCUGACACAGUGCAGAUCAUCAGCGAUAAGCCGGGGAAAUGCAACUACACCACUAAACGUGGUGAUUUUGUGAAAUACCACUAUAACGCUUCACUUAUGGAUGGCACUUUUAUUGAUGCUUCAUACAGUUAUGGGAAGACAUAUGAUGUGGUUCUGGGAGCAGGACAGGUGAUUCUGGGUAUGGAGCAGGCCCUGCUGGAAAUGUGUGUGGGGGAGAAACGCAAAGUAGUUGUACCUCCUCAUCUGGGCUAUGGAGAAAGGGGAGUGGAUGGAGAAGUCCCUGGGAGUGCAGUGCUGGUGUUUAAUAUCAAGCUGGUCAGUGUUGAGGAAGGUCUUCCUGAGGGCUACAUGUUUAUAUGGAAUGAUGAAGUGUCACCCAAUCUCUUCAGUGACAUGGACAAAAACAAGGACCUACAAGUGGAUCUCACUGAGUUCUCAGACUACAUCCUGCUUCAAGUGGAAGAAGGCAAAGGUCGUCUGGCUCCAGGCUUUGACCCUCAGCGUAUCAUUGAGAACAUGUAUAGCAACCAGGACCGCAAUAAGGAUGGACAGAUCACUGCAGAGGAGUUGAAACUAAAGGCAGAAGAAGCAGCUGCUCAUGAUGAGUUAUGAUAACACAUUCAGGGAUGAAAUGAACAGGAUUGUAUGUGUCUGAAUAGUAAAGUAGGGGUGUAGGUUGGGAACGGGUAAAGGAUAUGAUACAUUCAGCAUUCUGAAUAGAUGGUGCUGUUUGGAGUGAGUGUUAUGUAUGUGAGAGAUGAUUGGAUGUUUGAAUGGACGUGUGUCUGCGUGUGAUUAUUUUAAAGUGCCAAAAAUAUGUUUGAUCUUUUUUUUAAAAACCUUCCCUUUAAUAAACACAUUCCAAACCCCA